CCCCACCAGAGUCGGAACAAGGGUCUCCCCCUCUUCCUAGACGCGUAACUAGAAGUCAAAAAGGGGCAGCUCAGAUGUACCCCCUAAGGGAAAUACCCAUGGGGGGACCUCAACCUGUGAUCGGAUAUAUUUCCGUACCCCUAAACUCGGCUGACCUACGAGAUUUUAAAAGAACCGAAAUGGGAAACUUAAUUGAGGACCCACUGGGAGUGGCAGAAAGAUUAAAUCAAUUUUUGGGACCAAACCUUUAUACUUGGGAUGAGAUGCAAUCUAUCCUUGGUCAAUUAUUUACUACCGAGGAAAGAGAUAUGAUUAGACGAGCAGGAAUGAGACUGUGGGAUGCUCAACAUGCCCAGGGACCCCAAGCAGAGAGUCAGGGGCUCUAUAUCUUAGGGGACCGGAGUCAUCAUGAGCCCUUGAUAAAAUUAAAAAUAGGUCCCCAUAAACAAGAGUUCACCUUUUUAGUAGACACUGGGGCUGAGAAAUCAACUAUUAAGCAAAUACCUGAGGGAUGUAAAGUUUCCCCUGAAAAGGUACAAGUAAUUGGGGCAAAAGGAGAACCCUUUAAAGUAAGCAAAAUCAAAAAUGUGGUAUUCGAAACUGAAAAUAAAUUUGGAAUGGGUGAACUCUUGCUCGUCCCUGAAGCAGAAUUUAAUCUGUUAGGACGAGAUUUAAUUGUUGAAUUGCAAUUAGAAAUUAAAGUGAAAAAUCAGGAGCUAACAGUGUCUGCUUAUCCUUUAACCGUGGAUGAUCAAAAACAAAUUAACCCCGAUGUCUGGUACUCUCCGGACACAAUUAGUAGACUGAAAAUCCCACCGAUUAAAAUCCAACUUUCCGAACCCCACAUACCUGUGAGGGUAAGGCAAUAUCCCAUAUCCCUAGAAGGACGGAGGGGAUUAAAACCAGAAAUUGAUCGAUUGUUAGCACAAGGAAUCUUAGAGCCUUGUAUGUCACCCUUUAACACCCCCAUUCUGCCUGUAAAGAAACCAAAUGGGAAAUAUCGACUCGUACAUGAUUUAAGGGAAAUAAACAAAAGAACUAUCACCCGAUUCCCUGUAGUAGCAAAUCCAUACACACUGCUAAGCAAGCUAGGACCCCAUAACUCCUGGUAUAGUGUGGCUGACUUAAAGGAUGCCUUUUGGGCCUGUCCACUGGCAGAAGAAUGCCGUGAUUAUUUUGCCUUUGAAUGGGAAGACAUAGAGACAGGCCGUAGACAGCAAUUGAGAUGGACUGUGCUUCCCCAAGGGUUCACUGAGUCCCCUAAUCUGUUUGGACAGGCCCUGGAAGAGCUCUUAAAAGAAUACCAGGUACAAACGGGAAACGUGCUGUUACAGUAUGUAGAUGAUCUGCUCAUAGCAGGGAAUAAUAAGGAGGAUGUAAGGAAAGAAAGCAUUCGACUCCUAAACUUUCUUGCACAAAAGGGACUACGAGUAUCACAAGAAAAGUUACAAUUUGUGGAGGAAAAAGUGAAAUAUUUGGGGCAUUAUUUGUUUAACGGCAAGAAGAUAUUGGAUCCAGAGCGCAUUAAAGGAAUUCUGGAAUUACCUAUGCCUGUCACUAAGAGGCAAAUUCGGCAGGCAUUAGGGCUAUUUGGGUAUUGUAGGCAAUGGAUAGAGAACUACAGCUUUAAAGUUAAAUUUUUAUAUGAACAACUGUCUAAAGACAAAAUACCCAAGUGGACCCCUCAGGAUCAAGAGCAGUUUGUCAGUCUCAAAAGGGGGCUAAGUCAAGCACCGGUUUUAAGCCUACCAGAUUUAAAGCGGCCAUUCCAUUUAUUUGUUAACAUACAUGAAGGAACGGCAUUCGGAGUAUUAACUCAGGAAUGGGCCGGACAAAAGAAACCGGUGGCAUACCUAUCAAAGCUGUUGGACCCUGUGAGCAGGGGUUGGCCGAGUUGUUUACAAAUCAUUGUUGCUGCUGCCUUAUUACUUGAGGAAACGAAUCGCAUUACCUUUAAUGGAGAAGUUAUCUUAUAUGCGCCUCAUAACAUCAGGGGAGUGUUACAACAAAAAGCAGAAAAAUGGCUUACAGAUAGCCGAUUAUUAAAGUAUGAGGGAAUACUUAUAGAAUCCCCUAAACUAUCUUUGAAAACUAUUGGAGCAGUUAACCCCGCUGAAUUUUUGUACCCAGGAGAAGGUAAUGAACUAUUGCACAAUUGUUUUCAAACAAUUGAACAGCAGACACGCAUUAGGCCAGACUUAGAAGAAGAAGAACUACAAUGUGGAGAAGUAUUAUUUAUAGAUGGGUCAUCACGAAUAGUGGAAGGUAAACGAUUGUCCGGAUAUGCCAUCGUUAAGUCGGAAAAAGGAGAAUUUAAGACAAUAGAAUCAGGCCCCCUGAGUGCCAGCUGGUCGGCUCAAGCCUGUGAGCUGUAUGCAUUGUGGAAAGCAUUAGUGUCACUGAAGGGAAAGGAUGGAACUAUAUAUACAGACUCACGCUAUGCGUUCGGAGUAGUACACACUUUUGGAAAAAUAUGGGAGGAAAGAGGAUUUGUUAACUCACAGGGAAAAGAACUGAUACACCCGGAAUUAAUUCGGCGAGUUCUGGGGGCAUUGAAAAUGCCGAAUAAAAUAGCAGUUGUACAUAUAAAGGGACACCAGCGAGGUACAAGUUAUCAAAUUAGGGGAAAUAAUGCAGCUGAUACAGAAGCAAAACGAGUGGCAGGCAAUUAUGGUAUGAUUUUGACUAUGCAACAAGUACCUGUUAGUAAAAAUUUAAGUUUUGAGUCUGCAGAAAAGGAAAAACUAGAACAAAUGGGAGCUAAGGAACAAGAUGGUAAGUACAUAUUGCCAGAUGGGAGGGAAGUCUUGCCGAAGGGCAUAGCACUCGAGAUAUUUUCAAAAAUACACAGUAAAACACACUGGGGAACCCAGGCGUUAGUUGAUCAUUUCAAUCAACAGUUUGCCAGUAUAGGCGUAUAUAACAUAGCAAAGAUAGUCACGGCAGGCUGCGAGACCUGUCAAAAGGUUAAUCGAAGCAACAUGAGACAAAAACCUCUUGGAGGACGUUCCCCAGCAUACAGACCUUUCUCACACAUACAAGUGGAUUUUACUGAACUACCCAGGGUAGGGCGUUACAAACAUUUAUUAGUAAUGGUGGAUCAUUUAACACAUUAUGUUGAGGCUUUUCCUACCUCCAAGGCAACUGCUAACCAGGUUACUAAAGUGUUACUUGAACACAUUAUACCUCGAUAUGGAGUACCUGAAGUAAUCGACUCGGACAGAGGAACACACUUGGUGUCAAAAAUUGUUAAAGAUCCAGCUGAAAGCUUGGGGAUUAAGUGGGAAUACCAUACACCAUGGCAUCCACAAAGUGUAAGGUAUGCCAGGAUAAAUGGUAGACACAUUGUGAAUGUGGAUACCCUCCAAUAG